UCAUGUUUGAAUUGGAAAUUUUUAUGUGGUAAAUAGAAAAAGAAAGUUGCGGAAAAAAGUUCUGUUAUCAAACAAUUCAUUUUUUUAUGAUCAAUAAGAAACAAAAAGAAAAACACAAAACAAAAAGUAAUAAGUGAGACUGGGAAAAAAGAAGGAAGGAAGAAGGAAAAGUGAUUUAUUUUGUUCAACGUCAACAUUUGCAAAACGAAAUAAUCAAACUAGACCACCUUACCUAAUGCAUAUAUCUAUAAGUGUGUAUAAAAGUGAAUCAUUUUAAGGACAAAAGUCUUUGUUGUGCUAUGCUGUGCUUUUUGGACGGUAAAUGUCAAAGAGAGGAAAAAUAAAUAGCAAAAGCAAGUUUUUUUUAAAUAUAAAUUCUGCAUUCAUCGACCAAAGUACUAUCUUACAUAACAGACAGCAAAAAGAAGACAAAAAUUUAUUUUUCGCAACCGAAAAAAAAGUUUUUCUCUCAUUUUUUGCGAAUGUCUAAAAGAAUAAUAGCAAAAACCAGCAGCUUCAAAUAUUUUAACACACACAAAAAUAUGUCUUCAUAAAGUCAUUUAAAGGAAUUCAAACUGACAGUUAUUGCGUGGAGAAGUAAAACGAUCGAUUGCGAUUUUUUUUCUGCGUAGAGGAAGAAAGAAACGUGAGGAAAGCAGUAAAAUCUUCUCGUCUUUUAGCAUUUUCUAUUUUCAUAAAAAUCCAAUGACAUCGAUUUUGUUAAUGAACCAUGAACAAAACGCAAAAUCGAUAGAAAAUGAAACUAAACAAGUGAUUGCUGAAAACGAAGAACAAAUAAUGCUUCAAAAGAGAGAAUGUGGAGCAACAAAUAGGAAUUGCAAUUUAUUUAAGAUAACAUUACCUACAAAACCUUCCAUUCCAUUGUUAUCCAAUUCAACUGCAUCAAUUUCAACGAAAACCAUUCUUUUUUAUGCAAUUUUGAGUACUGCUCUAGUGCUAUGCCACUUCCCAAUAUUAGUAAAUGCAGAGGAAAAUGUUACUAGUCAACCUCUGCCUUUUUUCCCCGAAGGAAAAUCAGACAAAGAAAUUUUAGAUCAACUGCUUCAAAAGUCUAACUACGACAAGCGUAUCUUGCCUCCUGUUUUAGGAACUUUAACUGUUAACGUUAGCGUAUUAUUAUUAAGUUUAGCAUCGCCCGAUGAAUCUAGUCUAAAAUAUGAAGUGGAAUUUUUGCUACAACAACAAUGGUAUGAUCCGAGACUGAAAUAUUCAAAUCAAUCGUUUUACGAAUACUUAAAUGCCAUACAUCAUCAUGAACAAAUGUGGUUACCCGACACGUAUUUCAUUAUGCAUGGUGAUUUUAAAGAUCCCAUUGUACCAAUGCAUUUCGCCUUAAGAAUUUAUCGCAAUGGCACAAUCAAUUAUUUGAUGAGACGACAUUUAAUACUAUCAUGUCAGGGAAGGCUGAAUAUCUUUCCAUUCGAUGAUCCAUUGUGUUCGUUCUCAGUUGAAAGUAUAUCUUAUGAAGAGUCAUCCAUUACAUACGUGUGGAAAAAUGACGAAGAUACGUUACGGAAAAGUCCUUCAUUAACAACAUUAAACGCUUAUCUUAUUCGGAACAAAACAGAUGAUUGUGAUGUUAAAGGAACUUGGAGAGGAAAUUAUUCAUGUCUAAAAGUGGAACUGACAUUUACAAGGGAUCGAGCAUUCUAUUUUACAACUGUUUUCAUACCUGGCAUUAUUCUCGUAACAUCAUCGUUUAUCACAUUUUGGCUUGAAUGGAAUGCAGUGCCAGCAAGAGUUAUGAUAGGCGUAACAACAAUGUUGAAUUUUUUCACAACAUCAAACGGAUUCCGAAGUACACUUCCAGUUGUAUCCAAUUUAACGGCAAUGAAUAUAUGGGACGGCGUGUGUAUGUGCUUUAUCUAUGCAUCACUUCUUGAAUUUGUUUGCGUCAAUUAUGUGGGAAGGAAGCGACCAUUACACAAUGUUGUCUAUCGACCAGGGGAGAAUCCUGUCACUCAGCGUCUUCCAGCAGUACUCAGUCGAUUUGGAAUGAUACUUGCAAGUCCAUUGCAAACGAUAGAAAAUGAAUUUCACGUGGCAAUAUCGAAUGAAAAGAAUGCAACAGGAACAGCGACAAACUCAACGGUUUCAACGAUUCAACCAUCGACUUCAAAGGAUGGUUUCCAAGAAGAAUUGCCAUUGAAACCUCCAAAACGACGACAAAAAAAGGUUCUUCAACCACAAUCAUCACAAAUUUUGGAAACGACAAUUGACAAUGUUGAUGAAGAAAGUGAAAAUCAAGGUGAGAAGAAGCGUGAACAAGCACCCGCAAGUGGAGGUAGCGGAGUUCAAGAACGAAAUGAAAUUGUCGCAUGUACGAGUUGCGGUAACAAUGGAUCACCGUGUACACAUUCAGCAAAUAAUGGAUGCGCAACUGAGACAUGUUUCGUACAAAUGCGGAAGAAAGAGCCUCCACAUCCGAUUCGCGUUGCCAAGACCAUAGAUGUUAUAGCAAGAAUAACGUUUCCUCUUGCCUAUGCAGUGUUCUUAAUAAUUUUCUUUGCACACAAAAAGUUCUUCGCAAACGAUUGAUGUUAUCGGUUAAGCUAUUUUAAAGCCAAGACAGAAGAGGAUAAAGUUUGUUAUUAUUCAAUUUAUAUCGUCAAUGCAAAGCAAGAAAAUUAUUUAUUGUAUCUCCUUAAAAUAAAUAUACAUUAUAUCACCGAGGAAUGAAGAAAUGACACAGAAAAGGGGGUCAAAAAGAACAAGUUUUUACAUAAAAAUGAAGAAAAUUUAAAAAAUUCAUAAAGAAGAAGAAAAGUUGAAAUUUUCUUUUUUGUGACAAACCAGCAGAACCACAGAUACAUUUUUCCUUUUUUAGAUAAUGAUAUAAUUUAGUCUUAUGUAAUUUUUCUAUUUUCUGAACUAAAACAUUUUUUUUCUAUCUAUAACAUUUAUCCAAGCAACAACAGCAGCUUAAGCGACAAUGACAAGGAAUCCUUAAAAUAAACAUUUUAAGAGUUUUAUUGUGCACAAACACAUUAAGAAAACCAAAUAUCAAAUGAAAGCAAACCGAAACAAUCAAUUUUCCUUAAUAUUCUGAUGAAAUGGAACAAAAGAAUCUUCUGUCAUAUUUUCCUUUUAAUUAUUGUUCACAUUAGUGCACUGUUUGAAAACAUAAAAUAUAGUAUGAGAAUAGGCUUCAAAAUGCUUAAAUUUACAAGUCAUUCUUAUGUUAAGAAAAAUAAACAACAUAAUCAAUUUUGUGAGCUUUUUUAAAAGUCGCAAUAAAUCGUUCGCAUUUUAGGCAACAAGAUUAUAAUGUUGGUUGUAAGUUGGGAAAAAUUGUGCGUUUUACGUAGUUUUUUUAUUAAUACAAGCUUAGAAAAUAAAAGAUAACUAAGAAAUUUUACAUCUUACAAAUCUGCUUAUUUAGUGAAUCUAAUAUCCUAGAUUAAGCCUAAGUUUUUCUAAG